GGGCUGGUCAUCUAUGAGGACCCUCAAUGCUGAUUGUUGGGGGUGGAUUGUUGUAGGGUUUUGUAAGGCUGUGAUUUAGAGGGGGGCUGGGGUGGGGAAAAGUUAGUCUAACUCUCAGGACCCUCAGGGCUACGGAGUUACCCAAAGGCCACCUAAUGGGGCCCAACAGCGCCCCCAACUGGAUCACAAACUGAAGCUCCUCCUUUCCUGAAUGAUCGCCAGGACGCGAGGGCGCGCAUGCGCGUCCCUGCCCGCGUCAUCACGCAGGGAGUGUGUGUGUACAGGGAGCGCGGUGAGGUGAAAGGUCGCGGUCAGACGCAGGGAAGCCCAUGAUUCCUAUAUGUCCGAUAGUCUCCUUUGCUUACGUGCCCGGCCGGUUGGGCGAAGACGCCAAGAUGGCGGCGAGUAACUACUACGGUUUCGCGCAUGGCGGCGCCCAGUACAGCACACAGCCUGCCACUGGCAUUGCAUAUUCACAUCCAUCCACGCCAGCCAGUUACACCGUACAGCAAGCUCCACCAGCGGCCCAUGCAGUCACUGCAGCUUAUGCUCCUGUGCCUGCCACACAAGCAGUGAGACCAGUGACUUCGGCAACAUACGGAAGUUAUCCAGCAGCACAUUCUGUGGCAGACUACAGCUAUGGACAGAGGCAGCCAGAAUCUACACCACAACAAACACCGGCAACUACACAAAACUACCAGCAGUACUACGCACAAGGAGGAAAUUCGGACAAGACAGAGUGGGGUUGGAUGACAGACUUGAUCUAUGGUUCAUCUAAGGACAAUUACAGUUAUGCACGUUCCACAGCAACAGCACCAACUUACGAUAAACAGUAUUAUCAGCAAUCUGUCUCAGCUGCUGCUCAACCUCAGCAUACCGCCACCGAUUCCUACUAUCAGACAAUAGCUCCAAAAACUAGCUUCAGCCAGACUACUACACCAUACACACAAACACAACAGUCGAGGCAAGUUACUGCAAUAAAGCCAGCACCCACUCCAAUCCCUGUUACAACGAGUUAUACAGUGUAUCCUGUGGUAACGACUGUGCAACCCACUGCUCAACCCACCGCAGCAGUAGCCACUGCUGCUGUAUCUUAUACACAGACGCCCUCAUACAAUACAACACCUGUCAGUUAUUCAGGAUCAAGUUACUCCGGUUAUGAAGCUGCCGUAUACCCUGCUGCUACAUCAUACUAUCAGCAACCACAGAAGCCCCCGGCUACCACCUGGACUAGCACUGGGACUGGAACAGGAAACAGUGCCAAUACAGGAAGCACUUUCAUCAAAAAACCUGCCUUCCAGAACAAACAGCAAAAACCAAAGCCACCACCUAAACAGCCACAGCUCCACUAUUGUGACGUCUGUAAAAUUAGCUGUGCUGGUCCACAGACUUACAGGGAACAUUUGGAAGGUCAGAAGCACAAGAAGAAAGAGGCAGCUUUAAAGGGUGGAAGUCAGGCUACCAGUGGACCACGUGGUGCCCAAGGCCAACUACGAUGUGAAUUGUGUGAUGUGUCUUGUACAGGUGCAGAUGCCUAUGCUGCACACAUACGAGGUGCCAAGCACCAAAAGGUUGUGAAAUUGCACACCAAAUUGGGUAAGCCAAUUCCCUCUACAGAGCCAGUUGUAGUGAAUUCAACAUCAACUGCGAUGAACAAAAUAACAAGUAGUGCUGCCACUACCACAGCCACUAUACCAGCAGCCAGCCAAAUGCCUCCCAAGCCUGCUGUAGCCUUCACGAACAGUACAAGCAAACCAGCUACAGUGACAGUGAAGAAACCUGUAACACCCAAAAUAACAUUUGUUGGAGGAAACAAAGUGCAGACAAUGGGAAACAAAAUGGAGGAUACUAAAGUCUCAAAUGCCAAGCCAGAGUCUGAGACACAGGAAUUCAAGGCCGACCAGAUCACAGCAUCAGUACCAGCUUCCACUAUACCGGCACAGCUUCAGAAUGACGUACAGCCUGUAGGCCACGAUUAUGUAGAAGAGGUCCAUAAUGAUGAAGGAAAAGUGAUCAGAUUUCAUUGUAAACUUUGUGAAUGUAGCUUCAAUGACCCUAAUGCAAAAGACAUGCAUUUGAAAGGUCGCAGGCAUAGACUGCAGUAUAAGAAAAAAGUAAACCCCGACCUUCAGGUUGAAAUAAAACCAAGUAUCCGUGCCAGAAAAAUCCACGAGGAGAAGAUGAGAAAGCAAAUGCAGAAGGAGGAAUACUGGAGAAGAAGAGAAGAGGAAGAACGCUGGCGAAUGGAAAUGAGACGUUACGAAGAAGAGCUGUAUUGGAGGAGGGUGGAGGAAGAACACAUUUACUGGGAAGAGCAACGCCGUAGGUUAGCACCAGACUGGCAUCCGCCACCACUCAUGGGAAGAUUGGGCAUGCCACAAGCACCUGCACCCCUGCCUCCUCGUCGUCCUGAUUCCUCAGAUGAUCGCUACAUCAUGGCAAAACAUGCUAACAUAUAUCCUACAGAAGAAGAAUUACAGGCCGUGCAAAGGAUCGUCUCUCAAACGGAACGGGCUCUCAAGCUAGUGUCUGAUGUUAUUUCCGACCAAGAAGGCCUUAAAGAUGGCGAGAAUAAGGAAAAGGGGAAAGGUGACAUUGGAUCACGAGUGUUGAAAGGAGUCAUGCGUGUUGGCGUGUUGGCGAAAGGAUUGCUUCUACGUGGAGAUCGGAAUGUUAAUCUUAUCCUGCUCUCUGCCCACAAACCCACCAAAACCCUUCUGGAGAAAAUCUCAGCCAACCUGCCUAAACAGCUCUUGACCAUAACAGAAGAAUUAUAUGAACUGAAAACCUGCCCAGAUGAAUCUUGCAUUUUCCUGACUACGAGUAAAGAGCCUAAGAUGCAGGUCAAAAUUUCGCUGACCUCUCCUGUAAUGCGAGAUGAUAUUCUGAAAGACAAGGAUGCAACAACUGCCCCAGUGCAGGAUCCAUCAGAUGUAUUGAACAAGCAAAAAUGCCUUGAGGGUCUAGCUGCCCUUCGUCAUGCCAAGUGGUUCCAGGCGAGGGCUAAUGGCUUGCAAUCCUGUGUGAUCAUCAUACGAAUACUACGUGACCUGUGCCAGCGUGUGCCAACUUGGGGAGCCUUACCAGACUGGGCUAUGGAGCUGCUUGUGGAGAAAGCCAUUAGCAGUUCUUCAGGCCCAUUGAGUCCUGGUGAUGCAAUGCGGAGGGUAUUGGAAUCUAUUGCCUCUGGAGUUCUUCUUCCAGAUGGCCCUGGUCUUCUUGAUCCCUGUGAAAAAGAUCACUCAGAUGCCCUUUCCUCCAUGAACCAUCAGCAGAGAGAGGAUAUUACAGCCAGUGCACAGCAUGCAUUAAGGUUGCUCGCAUUUAGGCAGAUUCACAAAGUUCUUGGAAUGGACCCACUGCCCCAGCCGAAACCACGGUUUAAUAUGCGAAAUCGUAAAAGGAGACGAGAUACCAGCGAAACAGCAGAAGGGGAAGGGGAUGGAAAGAAAGAUAAAAAGGACAGCGACACGGGAGAUGUCUAGACCUGUUCUAAGUCAUGCUAAAUUUUCAGAAUUGCAGUUUUUUUAUAUGUUGCUGUUUAGUCUGAGAUAUUUGCAAUUUUAGUGUUUUACUUGAAUAACAAGGUACUGUAGAUUUGUUUUAUAUUGCUUAUUGAAUAAUAAAUUGCAUCAUUCCAUGAAGAUCAUGUUGCCCAUGGCAACAGCUCUCUUUCUCUUUCCUUGAUCACUUUCUUCCUAUGCCACUCCCAGCAAAUAGUGCUCGGCAAGUGAAUUGACCUGGUCCAGAAACCCACCUCUUCAUGAUUUAAAAACCAAAGCUGACUCCAUGCUUCCUUGAAUCAAAUGAGGCUGCUUUCUGUCAUGAAGUUGUUAAAAUUGGUAAGAUGUUUUAAAUGUAUUCAGAUAAAAGAUGGGGUGUCUGCAUAUAUAUGUCACCAUUGCUUUCUUUUCUGUGCCAAGAGCUGCUAAAUGCAACUGAUUGGGAGUACCUCAUGUUUUAUUCAUUGUUAUAUUCUACAUAAGCACUUUUUGAAGCCCUUUGGGUCUUGUUGAAAUAAUUGUAUGAACAUCAGAAACUUCUCAGUUGGAUGUGGCUAACAUAUAUCAAACUUGUGGCAUAAUGACAAACUAGAAAAUCCAAGGCCUUCCACGGGGAUCAUGGAGACCAGUAGGCAAUCCAUUAUGUACACUACAUUUCUGUUUACUGAUACAGGGUGUACAUUUUGCCAAACUAGAGAGGUAGAAUUUCAAUUUGGAAAUUGCUUUAGGAAAAUUUGGUUAGCCAACUCCUAAUUUGGCUUUUCGACUUGGUUGGAAAAUACCCGUUUCAUAUCUGUUGCUAUUUAUUGGUGCCAGAAUCACCAGUAAGUUAUUUCUAAUAGCUUACUUCACUUUUCCAAAGCAUAACUACUUGGAAUGAAGUUUGGCUAGAUACUGAAUUAUUUUUGUAGCUCAAUUAAUAAAGAGAGUUCUUCCAACUCUUCUGCAUAUAGUUUUUUUUCUCGGCAAUGAUUAUCAUCUGCAUGUCUGUUAAAAUACCUUAUGAAUCUUCAGGUUUCUUAUAGCUUUUUUGAAUAGUUUUUUUCUGUUCAAUCUUUUUUUUAAUUUUGGUAAUUCAGACAUACAGCUUGUUAAAAAUUUCUUUAAAUGUUUUUCUGGCCAAACCCACAAGUAAUUCCCUAGUUCAAUGAAAUAAUUUGCUAUUCUUGUAUUUAAAAAUACUAAAGGACCUAACUAUAAAAUUUACUGAUAAAUCUAAUUUGAAGACUUCUAUGUGAAUUAGGUUUCCCAGACUAGAUGGGAAUCAAAAAUUGGGUUACAUGUGAUUCUGUAGGUGAUUGGGUAGUGAGGCUGGAGUUGAGGGUGUGAACAUUUUUCUUUAAAUAAUCUCCAGCUCGUGUUGUAAAAGGCCAUGUCUGCCCUGUGACACCUAUCACACCUCUGAGUAGAUCCUUCCAGCGGUUAGUUGGGUGCUAAAUUGUCCUGACACUGGGUGAUAUCAUGACUCAAAACAGCUUGUCCACCAAAAUUGCUUGGCACUCAACUAUAAAAGUCUUUUGUGCAUAAAAUGUACAGUUAAACUGGUUACACUAUUGACAUUUGUAUAGGUAGGAAAUGCCUCUCACUGUAAACGUAUCCAACUAAGUUUUACUUAUUGAAGUGUUAUUUCUAUGGAAAUGUGGCUUUGUCCUCAGCUCUGUGGUAUUUUAAAAAAAAAUGUAUUCAAUUUUUUGUUGGCUAUGUAUUACAUUACUGAAAUAGUGUGAAAGUGCAAAUGAGAAAGAGAGCAGUGUAGGGGAUCUUUGUGUACCAAGAUCCUUUUUAUGUUUUGAGGUAGCUGUUCACAACACUGCAACUCUAAGAAGAUAACUGGGAAAUAAAAUCCUUACUCAAUGACUGCAUGUUCUGAUGGUGCUUUUUGUUGCAUUCAGAAUUUCUGUAAAUAUGUUUUUGAAUUUCACUGCAUAGUGACCAACUUCCCUGUGAAGUGCAGGAUUUGUUUGCAAGGCAUACUUUGGUAAGUUAAUAAAGUUACUUCAACAUGAUAUCCCUUUACCAAAGGGUCAUUUGUGU